AUGCACAACUCACUGUGCCUUUCCCUUACGCUGCUUAGCACGUGUGGCCAUUGCUUCUGGAGAGGUGGACGCUGUAGUGACCUCCGUAGCAGCCAUGGAAGAAACGUCGUAAACUGCAACCGUCACCCAACACACUUUGCGACCAACCAAGAAGGGGAAAGUCAAGAUGAAGCAAACAUAUUAGACAGCUCGUAUGUCUACCACACCCCCGUGCUCGUUGACGAAGUGGUACGCUACCUUAGGGGUGACCACUCAGAAGGGAACCGCAUAGAAGAGCGCCACUCAGAAGGGAACCGCAUAGAUGAGUUCCAAUCAGAAGAGCGCCAUUCAGAACGGCACUCAGGACGCCACACAGAUGGAGUAGAAUCACCGGGCGAGGCACGCCCCCCCUCUUUUUUUAUCUCAUCACGAGGGGAGAGAACAGAAGAAAAGGGAGAAGGUACCACUCUGUGGGGAAAAAUGAAAAAUGGAAAGAACCCAAAUGGGAGGACACAACAAAGGGAUGCUUUUACCAGGCCCCUUUCAUUUACACCUCUCGCACGGCUUCCCCCAAGACAGAAUACUCCAGCUGAGUACUACAUCGAUGCGACACUGGGAGGUGGCGGACACACUCUGCAGAUUUUAAAAAACAUAGCACCAACAAGCAAAGUGAUCGCCAUAGACAAGGACAUAGAAUCCAUUUAUUACAACAAACAGAAGUUGCAACGUUAUGUAGAUGUGAACAAGCUGACUAUGAUACACGGCGACUACAGACACAUCAUUCAUCUGCUCCACCGGUAUGGCCUUCCUCUGUUUGGCAGCUACAGUGGCAUUUUACUCGACCUGGGUGCAUCCACGCAUCAGCUGAGAUGUGGGAGGAGGGGGUUCAGUUACAAGUACAACGGUCCCCUUGACAUGAGCAUGGACAGGUACACAGAUGAGGAGUACGCCCGGAUGUGUAGGGAGAGUACGGAACGUGGGGGAAGCGGUUCAAAUGAGGAUUACCAAUCCAACCAGGCUAACCAUAUUAAGCAGACCUACUGGGAGAGCCCCAAAACCGAGCCGCAAAAACGAAUCGGCGAAAUUCUCAACACGUACAGCCCCCAACAGUUAAGGUUCAUAAUGAACACAUAUGGUCAGGAAAAAAAGGCGUCUAGAAUUGCGAAAAAAAUUGUACAGUGGAGGAAAAGCAAUGGAAUUAUCAAGACCACGUAUCAGCUGAGAGACAUCGUUCUUUCUACAUGCAAAAAAAAUUACAAAGCAAAUCAAAAAGUCUUAUCCAGGGUGUUUCAGUCAUUUCGAAUUUACAUCAACGAUGAAAUGAAGGCCUUAAAGGAGUUUUUAUUAUCAAGCUAUAAAUUGUUACGGGCAAGAAAAAGGCUUGUCAUUAUUUCAUAUCAUUCUUUGGAAUACAAGUGUGUGGAAAUGUUUAUCCAUGGAAGGAAACACUUAUGGACAAAAAUUAACGACGCCGAUAUAACCCCCAGUGAAAGGGAAUUAAAGGUCAACAAAUCUGCGCGCUCCGCCAAAAUGUCCGUUUUUGAGAAACUUUAG